CGUCCAGGGCGUGACUUCAAAACAGUGACAGCCAUGACUGGCGUGUAUGAGGUCGAGCUUAAUGAGUUCAUGACGAAAGAGGGCGUGGCUAUCCUGGCUCAGCCACUCAACGAUCAGGAAACUCUUGGAGGCAUGGUGGCUGCGAGUACUCAUGGCUCCACAUGGUCUGCCCCGACGUACAGUGGCAUUGUUGUGGAAAUGAGACUGUUGGAUUCCCAUGGUAGACUCAGGAGAUUCACCAAGGAAGACCAUCCAAUGAUCAUGAAAGCAGCUUCCUGUAAUCUGGGAAUGUUCGGCAUUAUGUAUGACAUCACUAUCAAGGUGGAGCCUACGUUCGUCGUGAAGGCCGAGAACAGGUUCGUCCGUCUAGGAGACUUGAUGUUGAACAAGGACGCACUGAGAGCUCAGGUGACAGGAAGCUUCCUCACAGAGAUCUCCUGGUUCCCCUUCAACAAAAUCAGUGACGCAGCCGCGGAGGAAUACUCCAGAACCGGAGCGAUCCCCGACGAUUGGAGCGCCGCUGACGACACCGUCUGGUUGUUCAUGAUCUCUCGUUCAGAGCAACAGAUCCGUGAUAAUGGCACCACCCCUAUGAACGCCCUCCUGCCCCGGUUCUUCCAGAACCACGAAUGUUUCCUGUGUCCAGGGAAUGCAGAGAUUCAAAUGCCGAACGACUCAGGCCGGACACUGGUCAUUGACUUUUUGGCGCCACCCGCUCAGCAAGGAUUUUACAAGGCUGCUGCCGAUUUCGUGGAAUUCUUCAAGAACGAGAAAGUCCGCCCCCACUGGGCCAAGCGUCACGACAACAUUGCUGGCAUCAUCGACCACGUCAAAGAUGUCUACGGAAGUCUGCUGCCAGGAUUCAGUGAGCAGAAGCGAUUGGCCAGAGUUGACCCUUGUGACAUGUUUAUGAACUCUUACCUCAUCGCCAUCUUUGGGCGGAGCCAGAGCUGCUAUUGAUAGAACUUUGGGUAGAGCCAGAGCUGCUAUUGAUAGAACUUUGGGUAGAGCCAGAGCUGCUAUUGAUAGAACUUUGGGUAGAGCCAGAGCUGCUAUUGAUAGAACUUUGGGUAGAGCCAGAGCUGCUAUUGAUAGAAUUUUAGGUAGAGCCAGAGCUGCUAUUGGUGAAUGAUGAACAAGCCCAUUAGUAUCACUAUUAAGUACAUUACAGUUUCAUGUAUUCUUAUUCUGAGUUACUAUGCCUCGGGGGGGGGGGGGGGGGGUUCAUGACGCUGAAGUUUAACAUUAAUUGUAACAUAACAUUUUAAAGGCAGGAAAACAACGGCGGUGUCUAUGUUAAAGUGGAUGAAUAACAUAAUAUUCCAUGAACGUUCCUCACGUCAUCCGGGGGGCGGGUGGGGGCUGUCCUGGCUAUAGUCUGCAAAAGAUCUUGUCAGUUCGUUAGUGCUUGAGUGCUAAAUUGGUUGCUUGUACUGUGUGUUUCCCAAGAAGCCAAGAAUGUUUUUGGGUAUUCUAGGGUCCACUGGGGUAAUGAUAUAGAUUGUCACAUGGUGCUUGCUAAUGAACGUGGAUAUGCGCUAUAAAAAAAAGCCAUUUAUUGCAAUUGUCUAGUCUGAGGAACUUGCUCUGUGGUCUAAGGUUGGAUUAAUUCAAAAUGAAAAUGAUUGAAAAUUCUCUUAUUAUCACUUUUGUUAACAACUCUCCCCUCCCACUUAAAAACUGCACCAUGAAAACAACUGUAUAAAUUAACAAAACACCCAACAAUCUUACACCCCAAUUAUACAGACACUUGAAAGUGUUUAGAGAACAGGAAAUCCAGAGAAUGAAUGGCCGUAUUUCGAUUAUAAUAUACUCGUUGAAGCCAAAACACUUCUAUCCAAAGGGAAGGGGGAAAGGAUGGAGCCAGGGAGGGGGAGAGAGAGGGUGAGAGAGAGAGAGAAAGAGAGAGAGAGAGAGAGAGAGAGAGAGAGAGAGAGAGAGAGAGAGAGAGAGAGAAAGAGAGAGAGGGGGGAUGAAUGUCGGAUGGUUAUUCCUUUCUUAAUAUUUUGAGAGAGAGAGAGAAAGAGAGAGAGAGAGAGAGAGAGAGAGAGAGAGAGAGAGAGAGAGAGAGAGAAAGAGAGAGAGAGAGAAUGAUUUUUUUCUUAUUGUUGUAGUCAUUGCUUAUUGUUAUGAAUACUUUGAUGCCAUUUUGAUAUGAAUAAAUUUAUUUCUUUUACACGCUUUACAA